GAAACAGAGAAAAGGAGAGGAUUAUGUGGAGCAGCCACAUAUAGGUGUUCCUUUAAGAAGGAGUGGUCAACUCGAUGGCCAUUCAUCACAAUGGGAACCACCAGCUCCUUCUACUGGUGCUCAGUGUGCAGACAAGAUAACUAAUGUGCUCAUCAAGGCGUGAGGGACAUAAGCAGGCAUGUGGAAGGCAAGGGACAUCGGGCCAAAGAACAGUCUCUAAACUCAGUCAGCAGUAUUGCACAGUUCUACGUGCCAGAAACUUCUGUUGGAGGCAUGAGUGUACAAGAGGCCAAGACCAGGAGGGCUGAGGUGAAGGUUGCUGUUGCAAUGGUGCAGCACAAUGUGCCCUUUGCCGUUGCUGACCAUUUCAGCCCCUUGUACAAAGAAUGUUUUAGAGACUCCCCUACAGCUCAGGGCUUUAAGAGCGCAAGCACAAAAACAACGUGCCUCAUAAAUGAAGCAGUGGCACCUCAUUUUAAGAAGGAACUGGUGAUGAAGAUGAGAGAGAAACCCUUCACACUUGUCACAGAUGGCUCGAAUGAUACUGGUCUAAAGAAGAUGAAUCCUCUCACUGUCAGAAUUUUUGACACCAACAAAGUUGUGCACAGGUUCCUUGAUAUGAGAAACAACCAAGAUUUAGAAGGCUGGUGGAUGCAUUUUCCAACCCCCUACCUACUCUUCUAUCAAGCGACGCUGCCAGUGUUCACCCUACUGAACCUCCUCCUCCAUAGAGAAAGGUCUUCCAUCUUUCAGCUCCACGGAGAGGUAAAAUGCAAGGGAGAAAAUCUAAAUGUUGGCUUCACCACCAGAGCUACCCUCAAUAGGCUCCUUGAGGCUGGAGACAUCACACCUCAGGAGGUGCAGCUAUUCCAACAGGCAGCACUGGCAUUUCUGGUCAGGGCUGUGGAGUAUGGCAUCAAUAAACUCCCUCUGAAGGAGGCUCUUCUGAGGCAUACAAGAUUUGUGGAUGUGCAGCAGAGGACUGAGUGUGGGGUGGAAGAUGCCCUAUACUUUAUAGACAGAUUUCAGGAACUACUACCUUUCCAUGGGCCGGAGGAACAGGACAAGGUGUGUGAGCAGUUCCUGGAAUAUCAGCUGAUGGAUAUCCCCAUGCCCCAAGAUCCCACCACCUUUAAUGUUGAGGAGUUUUGGGGGAGUAUGUCCUCAAUCAAGUGCAAGGUGACCGGUUUGAGCCAGUUUGGGAGGCUCACUAAAAUAGCUCAACUUGUUCUAGUGCUCCCUCACUCUAAUGCCGACGCGGAGAGGGUUUUCUCGAUGGUUGGACUGAACAAGACAAAAACUAUGAACAGCUUGGCCCUAGAUGGAACACUGUCCUCCAUCAUGACAGUGAAGAUGGCAGGCCUGGAACCAAACUGUUUCAGAUGGGAGCCACCAGAUAAGACCACCGUCCCCACCCAAAGCCCCGCCGCUGCCAAAAUCUCACUCUGAACUCUGUUCAAAACUUGAGAGCCCUGAAGAUACAAACUUUACAAAUUAGGCCAAGAAGUGUGUUUGAUAUUUAAAACAUAUAAGAUAAAUUGUCGUUGUGUUGAUGCGAAUUGUUUGUUACCUUCAAAGUGUUUUAUAAUGUAAAAACUUUCAUUUUAUAAAAAGUUUUUUAAAUAGUACACGGCCAAUCUUUUUUUGAGAGUAGCUGGCCUUCUUGUAAUAUUCAGGGACUGUGGGAAAUAGCAGUAACAUCAGUAGAGAAGUGUUGAUAUA